AGUUCAGGACGCGACGUCCAACGCUGAAGCAACGCUCUCAGGACAUGCUUCACUUCCUGCUGAGGGUUUAAUGAGGGAGAGGGCUCUCAAACAAUGGCCGGUCAUUCUAGACACUUCUGCACAUAUAAAUUCAUUUAUUAUUCAUCUUUCCUGAAUAAUAAAUGAAACCAACAACAAUGUAUUUCUGUGUUUGGUGCGUGGUCGAGUCCGUCAAAUGAAAGCGUGCCGUUCUCGCCGCAUUUAAUGUGACGUGCACUUGUUCACAGGGAUAAAAGUUAUCAUCGGGAGCAAAGUCAACGAAGAAGCGUUGCCUCGCGCUGGUCUGUGGAUAAAUUCCCUCAGACGCAAAUUGCUUUUUAGCAGUCGUGGAAAACAACAGCUGGCGCCGCAGCGCGCGCCGCCUGCGCCCGCGGCUGCGCAGCCGAUAAGUGCUGUGGAACACGCGGGACUCAUUCCGCGCUGACACUCGGCGCAUCCUCGACCCUGACAGCUGUAAAGUAAAAUUAAAGCAACGCCAGCCCGCUGCCGGACGCCAUUAACAACCACGUUCACGGUAGACUGUUAUUCGCAGCGGCGCGAUCCGGCGCGCGCAGAAGGCGGACGCACAUGGGCGAACGCUGGUUCCUGUGAGUCAGUGACGGAGCCGUGAGUGACAGCGGAGCCGCAGCCAUGUCCACCUCCAGCCUCUACGACGGAACCUCGCGCAGGUCCAGCGGCUUGGCACGUGGGCAGAGACCGCCGGACCUGGAGCUGGCGGAGACCACGUUCGGCGCCGCGCCCGACGCGGAGACACCUGUGGAGCGCGACGCGCGCUCCCACGGAGCCAGGACGCCGGGCGGCGGCGGCUCCGCGGGCCUCAGCCCGCACGCGCCUCACCCACGGAUGUCCGCGCGCAUGUCGGUGUACAGCAUCAGCCCCGGGCGCCCCGUCCUCAGCCGCGCCUACGUCCAGGGACGCGUGUACAACUUUCUGGAGAGGCCGUCGGGCUGGAAAUGCUUCGUGUAUCACUUCACAGUGUUCCUCAUCGUUCUGGCCUGUCUCUUCCUCAGCGUCCUCUCCACCAUCGAGCAGUACCAGGCCCUCGCUCACUCCACGCUGUUCUGGGUGGAGAUCAUCCUGGUGGUGUUCUUCGGGGUGGAGUACGUCGUGCGCCUGUGGUCGGCCGGCUGCCGCAGCAAAUACGUGGGCGUCUGGGGGCGACUGCGCUUCGCCAGGAAGCCCAUCUCCAUCAUAGAUCUGAUCGUGGUGGUCGCCUCCAUCAUCGUGCUGUCCGUGGGCUCCAAAGGCCAAGUCUUUGCCACGUCUGCUGUCCGAGGGAUCCGCUUCCUGCAGAUCCUGCGCAUGCUUCACGUGGACCGUCAGGGCGGGACCUGGCGCCUCCUGGGCUCCGUCGUCUUCAUCCACCGCCAGGAGCUGAUCACCACCCUGUACAUCGGCUUCCUGAGCCUCAUCUUCUCCUCCUACUUCGUCUACCUGGCAGAGAAGGACGCCGUGAGCAGCAGCGGCGCCACCGAGUUUGGGAACUACGCCGACGCCCUGUGGUGGGGAGUGGUGACGGUGACGACCAUUGGCUACGGAGACAAGGUGCCGCAGACCUGGAUCGGUAAAACCAUCGCUUCCUGUUUCUCCGUCUUCGCCAUCUCCUUCUUCGCUCUGCCGGCGGGAAUCUUAGGCUCAGGUUUCGCCCUGAAGGUGCAGCAGAAGCAACGGCAGAAGCACUUCAACAGGCAGAUCCCAGCCGCCGCUUGUCUCAUCCAGACGUCGUGGAGGUGCUUCGCAGUGGAGAACUUCGAUUCUGCCACGUUGAAGCUGUUUUUGAGGAAGCGGUCCAACAUCGCGGCCUCGUCUCUGUCCAGCCCCAAGCCCAAGAAAUCUGUAAAGAUCCGGAGGAAGGUGAAGAGCGCGGACAAGGACAACGGCCCCACUUCUCCCAGCGUUCCCAGCAUCACCUUCGACUCCGCCUUUGACAGCGGCCGAGAGCUGAGCUCCGACGUGUACAGCACCGUGGGCACAGAUCGCCAGCAGUCCUGGACGUCUCUGUCCUCCCUCCAGUUCAGCGCUCCGUCUCCAGUGAGGAGGAGCCCGGGCCUCUUGGACGUCCACCCCUCCAGCCCCCUGCAGAGGAACUGCAGCUUUGCAGACCUGGAGCUGGAAUCGGAGCGAGAUAAUGACCUGGCUCCGGCCUCGUCGCUGUCACAACUCACAGAGUCUCACAGAAAAGCCAUCCGGGUCGUCCAGAGGAUGCGGUACUUUGUGGCCAAGAGAAAUUUUCAGCAAGCCCGGAAGCCGUACGACGUGCGGGACGUGAUCGAGCAGUACUCUCAGGGUCACCUCAACCUCAUGGUGCGAAUCAAGGAGCUGCAGAGAAGACUGGACCAGUCUUUAGGGAAGAUAACUUUGUUCCAGACAGGCUCAGACAAAGCCAGAGACAAAGGCACCAACUCCAUUGGAUCCAGACUCACCAGGAUGGAGGACAAGAUAACGCGCAUGGACCAGACCCUGAGCCGCGUCACGGAGUCGCUGUCGCUGCUGCUGAGCCAGGGGGACGAAGAGGCCGCGGGCCGGGGCGGGCCCAGGCGGCCGGGCCGGGCCGGCGCCGUCCUGCCCAGCUACGAGCAGCUGUCCUCGCCGCCGACCGGCGGUCCCGGUACCGGGCCCAGCGGCACCGGGCCGGAUGAGAGCUGCUGAGCGUCAGCCGUCCGUCCGACCUACAGCAGCAUAUUAAUGUGAAACCUUUGGAAGCAGCAUCAUUACUGACGGUUCAGAGUAUUGAACGAGCCUUACUUUUAUUGCCUGGAGGUGCAGAGUCCCUCCAUUUCCUGCCUUUUAUGACUAUUAUACUUGAAAUCAGUGUGAUGCCAAAGACGUGCCUCCUCUGCGGAUUCGUGUGCUGUCGCCUUACUGAGCUUCACUUCAACCUCUUAGAUUGGGAUUAUCUUCUGGAAGUGACCAAUAAAAUGAUAAUUGAAAUAGAAAAACAGUUCCCACUAUUUUCAGUGGUCUGUUCAUAAAAACGUGCUUCUAUAAAUGAAUAUUUGGGUUUCUUUCUUUCUUCACUCAUUUGGAUGCUUCGCUUUCUAAUUUUAAAAGGUUCCUUUAAGUUAGUGUUUCCUUUAUGACGGUGUCAUCGCUGGACAAUAGAAACCACGGCUAAUAGCCCACACUUCUGACCUUUGACCUUUGGGCAGCAGAUGGUGACCUUUUCCCUGCUGCUCAUUCACGGGGUGUCCAGGAAUUUCUGACCAUCUGCUGCAGCGUCCACAACAAUGGGACCUGAGCGCCUCCAGCGUUGUGGUGGCGUUUGGCCACAGGCGCGUUUUACGCCUGGUAGCUUGUAGUUUGGGGGAAUGUGGAGAGGAAACCAGUGUAACAAACACCAAGACAAUAAAGAUCUGUCAUAAAAAACAACAAGGCUUUUAUGUGAAGAGUCGCUUUGGUGAAACUGCAGAUUUGACGUUUUCUUGCUUGAGUGAAGACAUUGUUUAAUUUAAAUGUGGUGUUUCUUCUUCCUUAUUUCUUAUUUGCCGAUCAUUUUCUGAUUUAGUUGUUGUUGUUACACCACAGAGAUCUAAAGGAGCUGAAGGCUCAUUUGUGUUAUGACAUGUGAAACAUUAGACUGUUUACACAAUAAAUAACAUGAUGUACUGA